AAAAUCCCCAUUGACGCUGAAGAAAUUCAAUACGCCAUUGACGCUCUUUAUCAAGAAAUUCUCAUAUUGAUCUACUAAAGACGCCGCCACCAUUAUUAACACUGUUAAUUGGUUUCUCUCUGUUGUUGUUUCGCAACUUUGCCGUUUUGUAUUUGAUAGAGUAAUUCUCUUCUUCUGUAUCUAUGGAUGCAGGGAGCAGAUACAAUAAGUUUCGACCUCCUCUCGUUAAUCAGAUGUCUCACAAGAAAAGAACUCGAGAGAAUCUGGACAGGUUUAUACCCAAUCGUUCUGCGAUGGAUUUUGACUAUGCACAUUACAUGCUCAGUGGUGGGAAGGUUAAAAAGGAACACUAUGGAGUAAAUUCUCCAUCUAAAGAAGCUUACUCGAAGCAGUUAGCAGAAAUUUUCAACAUGAAUAGAACGAGGAUCCUUGCUUUUAAGAAUAAGCCUCCACAUUCAGCUGAGAGAGUUUCUGAAUCUCCAUCAUCUAUACAACAGUCAAAAACCAUUAAAAAGAGGAGAUACAUUCCCCAAUCUUCGGAGAGGACCCUGGAUGCUCCUGACAUCCUAGAUGAUUUUUAUCUCAAUUUGUUAGACUGGGGAAGCAAUAACGUACUUGCCAUUGCCUUAGGAAAUUCUGUCUAUCUGUGGGAUGCUUCUGAUGGGUCUGCUACUGAGCUUCUCACGGUUGAUGAUGACUUUGGGCCGGUGACUGCUGUCAGCUGGUCACCAGAUGGAAGACACCUUGCAGUGGGCUUGAAUAAUUCGCACAUUCAGCUGUGGAACACCUUGCAGGGAUCUAGCCGAUUGAUGAGGACUUUACGAGGACACAGCUUAAGGGUUGGCUCACUUGAUUGGAAUGAAAACAUACUGACAACUGGGGGCAUGGACAGUUUGAUCAUCAACAAUGACUUGCGUAUAAGAUCCCACAUAGUUGGAACAUACAGGGGACACAAUCAGGAGAUAUGUGGAUUGAAGUGGUCUGCUUCAGGCCAGCAAUUGGCUAGUGGAGGGAACGACAAUUUGGUCCAUAUAUGGAGCAUAUCGAUGGGGUCUGCUAACACUACACACCAGUGGGUUCACCGUAUGACAGAUCACACAGCUGCUGUAAAAGCUCUUUCCUGGUGUCCUUUCCAGAGUAAUAUGGUCGCCUCAGGUGGUGGCGUUGGAGAUCAAUGCAUAAAGUUUUGGAACACCAAUACGGGGGCAUGCUUGAACUCUGUCAAUACAGGUUCACAAGUCUGUUCCUUGCUUUGGAACAGACAUGAUCGCGAGCUUUUGAGUUCUCAUGGCUUUACUGACAACCAGCUCACUGUUUGGAAAUAUCCUUCUAUGACGAAAAUUUCAGAACUUUUGGGUCACACAUCAAGAGUUCUUUAUAUGGCUCAGAGCCCAGAUGGCUAUACCGUCGCGACUGCAGCAGCUGAUGAGACACUAAGAUUAUGGAAUGUUUUUGGGAAUCCUAAAGAGACAAUGCCUGUGCUAAAGAGAAAGCUAGAGCCAUUUUUUAACUUGGCUCAGAUUAGAUAAACCUCAUAUCAUCAUAUCAUAUAUCAUGUAUU